AUGGCGGACGCGGAGCGCAAGAAGCACGUUCGCUUCGCCGGCCCCGCGGAGGCGGCCGAGGGCCCCAGGACGGCGCCGCGGCCCCCGCGCCUCCUCGCCGCCCCCGCUGCAGAGGUGGCCGUGGUCGGCGGCGGCUGGCGCAGAGGCGGCGGCGGGGCAGGAGCCGCCCUGCGCUGGUGCAUCUCCGGGGCGCUGUGCGCCGCCUUCCUGGGGCUGGGUAUGAGCAUUGCAGUCCUAGGACCAACCUUUCCCAACCUGGCCGCUAACGUGCAUAAAAACAUCAGCGAUAUUUACUAUAUCUUUGUGGGCCGCUCCCUGGGCUACCUCGGUGGGUCAGUGGUCGGAGGGGUGCUUUUCGACUGUGUAAACGCGCAUCUUCUCCUGGGAUUGUCCAUGCUUGGAACAACAAUCGGUCUCUUUGCCAUACCUUGGUGUAAGAAAUCCAUGCUCUUAACUGUCUUGAUGUCAGUUAUUGGAGGUUCCAUGGGAAUUCUAGACACAGGUGGCAACAUCCUUGCACUGAACACGUGGGGCGUGGAGGCCGGGCCGCACAUGCAGGCCCUGCACUUCAGCUUCGCAGCAGGGGCCUUUGUGGCUCCCAUUCUGGCUAAAAUGGCCUUAGGAGGCUCUGUCCCGAAGGACCUGGCAGGAGAUGGGAAGACAAACCAGUCCAUCUUGAAGCUUGUGCCAACAGCACUGACCCCAUCGGCACUGAAACCCCAUCUYGGUGUGGAUUUUUUGUGGUCCUACGUUGUUAUAGGGACAUAUCUUCUGUUUGUUUCUUUCUUCUUUUUUAUUUUGUAUUUAAGGAGYGGCUCAGCUCGAGACAAAUCCAAGGCUUCUUCGCAGAAACAUGUAAUUGCCAAGUACCACUACGCCCUAAUUUUUCUCCUUUUCACCUUCUUCUUCUGCUACGUGGGAGCGGAGGUCACUUACGGCUCGUACAUAUUUACCUACGCAAAGGUCUUUGUGGCGAUGAAAGAAAACGAAGCGGCCGCCUUGAAUUCCGUGUUCUGGGGCGCAUUUGCGGCCUGCAGAGGGGUGGCUAUUUGCUUUGCCGCAUGCCUCUACCCCGGCACGCUCAUCGUGCUGAGCAUCAUGGGCUCCGUGCUCUCCUCCGCGUGCCUGGUGCUCUUCACCAGCCACCCGCUGUCACUGUGGGCUGGAACCGCCGUCUACGGCGCUUCCAUGGCCACCAUCUUUCCCAGCGGCAUUUCCUGGAUUGAGCAGUACACAGUGAUCCAAGGCAAAUCUGCCUCCUUGUUUGUGGUGGGCGCCGCGCUGGGCGAGAUGUGCAUCCCCGCGGCGGUCGGCUACCUGCAGGGCAGGUUCCACCACGUUCCUGUCAUCAUGUACACGGCGCUGGCCACCUCGGCCAUGACGCUCGUGCUCUUCCCCAUCAUGUACAAACUGGCCAGCGUGCCCGGGCAGCGGGACUCCAAAGAAGCGGGYGAGAGCGAGGACCGCAAGGCCCUGUUGUCAAACUCGGGCCUCAACGACGACGACGAGGAUGAGGAGGAUGCGGGCGAGUGGAACGAAGCGGACUUUGAGGUAAUAGAAAUGAAUGAUACACUGAGAAACUCUGUGGUAGAGACCUCCCGGAAGAUACCCGGGGACUCUCCGGCCAAAGUCUCACUCCAGCCUCGUGACGAUGAUGGGCUGGGUGGUUCUCCAGCUGGUAGCUCCUCGGAGAUUAAAAAUGUGAGUGCUGACCGUGAGAAGAAUGACUGAAACUUUAAAAAAAAAGAAAAAAAAAAAAAAAAAAGAUGACUUUUUCUAAAAAGGGAAAUGCAAUUGAAUUGUAGCUGUUCUUGUGAAGUGAUUCAAGACUCUUUUCACAGUGGCGCAGAAAUAUGUUUUCACUCCCGUUUUGUCCAGUCCUUUCUCCUCUUUGAUUUCCAGUCUGCAGCUGUGUAGCUUGGCGUGGGGAAGGCCCCGCCGAUGUGCUGGGGGUGAUAUG